AAAACAACAGAAAAAAUGAGUGGAUUUUCUCUUCAAUUUCAGUCUGGUUUAGUACUCGAAUCAUUUCACAUUGAACCAGAAAAUAUUUCUUUAAGAAGACUUAAACAAGAAGCUGUGGAUUUUGUUAAUAAACAUCAUCCAAAACAGCGUUUAGGUGAUCGUUUAGCAGAUCACAUACUUCUCUAUAAACAUGACCCUCGUUCUGUUAACAUUCUUCAAUUGAUACAAUCAGCUGAUGAAAUAAGUGAAGGAUGUCUUUUGGAAAUUGUUAUUAGUCGUGGGUUUUCAAAAAAAAUAUAA